UGUACUACGAACGGAGUUCAACCUACUUAGAACUAACUCAGGGUUUCCGCGGUAACCCGGGGUUGACUAAACCUGGACAUCUUGAUUGGUCUUAAACGGUACUACGACGCUGAUUAUGAAGUUGAUCAGCUGAACCUGUGUUCACUCAACCAGAGUUACUGCGCGUUCACAUAAAAGGGGUGGUACCAGCGCAAAAAAACACUCUCGAUCAUGGCGGGCUCUCCCUAUUUCACAGAAGAGGAAUGCGAGAUCAUAAUGAGGAGUUAUGAAGAGUAUAAACCGACCCUGGCUGCUAAAUCCAACACCGCGGCAGCAAACAAGGCGCGACUGGGGUGUUGGCAGCAAAUUACAGACCGCGUAAAUUCAGGUACCAGCAGCGCCAAACGGACCUGGCAGCAGGUGAAGAUGAAGUACAAAAACAUCAUUCAGAAUGCCAACAAGAAGAAGGUAGAAAUAAGGCGCACAGGAGGAGGGAGGGCACCAGACUCCUUUACUCUUGCUGAAGAGUUGGCCCUAGCCAACAACAGUGGCAGGGUGAUGAUGGAUGGGGUGGCAGGGGUACAGUCUAACCCUGGGGCAGCUGAAAUGUCCACCCUCUAUGUGCAAGUCGAGGGUGGAAACAUCACAACCCUGCAGCCACCAGGAUGCAUUCAUCCUCUGACACAGGAUGAUGAUGAUGAUGAUGAUGAUGACGAGACCCUCACAGCCCCCUCCGACACACACAUGCAGGAGGACUUGGAGGAGCUUUCCCCUCCUGAAGCCUCCCUCCCAGGGACCUCACAGUCAGACAAAGCCACAGUGGACAAUGUCCGCAGUUUAUACAAGAAAGUGCUGGAGCUAGACCGCACAAAGAAGAGGCUGGAGAUCAGAAAGCUGGAAUUAGAAAUUGAAAAGCUGGAACAUGAGAAGAAGGUAUUGUCUUAUCACUCCAUUAAUAUAUAGGCUACCCACACCCUAUAUGUGUGUCAUUGAUCUGGCUUUUCGUCACCUUUUCUUCUUGCAGGAAAGAGAGUCAUCUAAUAAAUGAAUAAUAUCAGA